UGGUAUCAGAAGUGUCUUGAAAACCACACGUUUGUUAUUUCUGUAGCUGAGUACAGUAUUGGCGCGGUUACGUUCCAUAUGCGAACACACGCCGUUUCCUACUGCUAGUCACAACACUGAUCAACUCGUUGUUAGCUGGUAAGCUAGCAUCACUACCUAAUGCUACCUCGAUGGCUGAAGGCAAAGAUAUCUCCUAUUCCAUCGCUAUGGCAGCGAACAUUCCGCCACCAAAUCCCAUGGUUCUCACAGGGGUCUCGAAUACUAAUUGGUACAACUUCAGGGAUGAAUUCGAGGACUAUGCGCUGGCAACCGGUCUACAUAAACCCAACGAGGUCCAAGCGGCAAAUGAGGAGUUUAAUGGGCAGCGAAUGCAGGCAUUUCUACCAGCACAAACUCACCCUCACAGCACGACAACAGUGUGAUGCAAAGGCUAUAUUGGAUUGCAUUGGAAAAUUACUUCAAACCCACCAGGAACGUCAUUUACGAUUGGUUCGUUUUCGGAAGCUGCAAACAGGGACCUGAGCCCUAGGACCAUGCCUCAGGACUACCUGGCAUGAUGACUCCUUGCUGUCCCCAGUCCACCUGGCCGUGCUGCUGCUCCAGUUUCAAUUGUUCUGCCUGUGGCUAUAGAACCUUGACCUGUUCACCGGACGUGCUACCUGCCCCAGACCUGCUGUUUUCAACUCUUUAGAGUUUGGUUUGAUGUAAAUACUGUGAAAAUCCACAGGCAUGAGACAAAGAGCACUGCCCUGCAGAGCUUGUGGAACCAAUAAUCACUUUGUAAAAAUGUGUCUCAAAAGAAAAAGACGGGUGAGUGAGGGCAAGAUUUACUGUGUUGAUGAUGUCACUCAGUUUCAGAACAGUGAAAGUGACAUUUACAUGCAUGAAUCAAUUGGGGCUGUACACUCAAGAGGGAAGAAUUGGUUUGUGACGCUACGAUUACACAACAAGCAACGUAAUGAGCUACAAAGACAAAAUCAACCUGGCACCUGAUACACACCUCUUGCCCAGUGAUACUAGACUAAAGCUGUACUCAGGAGAGCUAAUGAGCUCUGGGCAUCUUUGUGACCGAAUGUAAUUCGUGGACGCAAACACAAGCUGGAGUUUGAGAUUGUGAAAACCAGUCAACAUUCUCUCCUCUCAGGCUCUACAUGCAAACGCCUGAUACCUGACGUAGUAUUUAGUCCAGGUUUAGGUGUGUAUACUGUAUGAUACCUGACAUAGUAUUUAGUUCAGGUUUAGGUAUGUGUACUGUAUGAUACCUGACAUAGUAUUUAGUUCAGGUUUAGGUGUGUAUACAGUAUGAUACCUGACAUAGUAUUUAGUUCAGGUUUAGGUGUGUAUACAGUAUGAUACCUGACAUAGUAUUUAGUUCAGGUUUAGGUAUGUAUACUGUAUGAUACCUGACAUAGUAUUUAGUUCAGGUUUAGGUAUGUGUACUGUAUGAUACCUGACAUAGUAUUUAGUUCAGGUUUAGGUAUGUAUACAGUAUGAUACCUGACAUAGUAUUUAGUUCAGGUUUAGGUAUGUAUACAGUAUGAUACCUGACAUAGUAUUUAGUUCAGGUUUAGGUAUGUAUACAGUAUGAUACCUGACGUAGUAUUUAGUUCAGGUUUAGGUAUGUAUACUGUAUGAUACCUGACAUAGUAUUUAGUCCAGGUUUAGGUAUGUAUACUGUAUGAUACCUGACAUAGUAUUUAGUUCAGGUUUAGGUAUGUAUACUGUAUGAUACCUGACAUAGUAUUUAGUCCAGGUUUAGGUAUGUAUACUGUAUGAUACCUGACAUAGUAUUUAGUUCAGGUUUAGGUAUGUAUACAGUAUGAUACCUGACAUAGUAUUUAGUUCAGGUUUAGGUAUGUAUACUGUAUGAUACCUGACAUAGUAUUUAGUCCAGGUUUAGGUAUGUAUACUGUAUGAUACCUGACAUAGUAUUUAGUUCAGGUUUAGGUAUGUAUACUGUAUGAUACCUGACAUAGUAUUUAGUCCAGGUUUAGGUAUGUAUACUGUAUGAUACCUGACAUAGUAUUUAGUUCAGGUUUAGGUAUGUAUACAGUAUGAUACCUGACAUAGUAUUUAGCCCAGGUUCAGGUGUGUAUACUGUAUGAUACCUGACAUAGUAUUUAGUCCAGGUUAAGGUGUGUCUACUGUAUGAUACCUGACAUAGUAUUUAGCCCAGGUUAAGGUGUGUAUACUGUAUAAUAACUAACAUAGUAUUUAGCCCAGGUUAAGGUGUGUAUACUGUAUGAUACCUGACAUAGUGUUUAGUUCAGGUUUAGGUGUGUAUACUGUAUGAUACCUGACAUGGUAUUUAGCCCAGGUUUAGGUGUGUAUACUGUAUGAUACCUGACAUAGUAUUUAGCCCAGGUUAAGGUGUGUAUACUGUAUGAUACCUGACAUAGUAUUUAGUUCAGGUUUAGGUAUGUGUACAGUAUGAUACCAAAUUAUCUGCACAUUGUGGAUCAUGUCCAGCAUGGACCCCUGUCCAAAGAACAACUACCCAGCAGAUAUGACAAUAUAUUCAACAGGCCCGUUGAAUCAGUGCCUGGGGAUGUAUACUUUGAAUUGGAUGAGAGCAUCACUCCAGUCCAGUGUGCUCCUCGCAAUGUGUCCAUUGCAAUGAAAGUGGCUGUGAAGGCCCAGCUGGACAAGUAUGAGGCCGAUGGCCACAUGACAUCUGUGACUAAACCAACUGACUGGAUCAGCAAUAUGGUCAUAGUGAAAAAAACAGAGAAGCUGAGGGUCUGCAUCGACCCAAAGCAUCUGAACCAAGCACUGAAACAAUUUGGUGUCUCAGUGGCGCCUGAGGUAUACCAACGCAAGCAGCACGAGUUAUUGGCUGGGCUCAAGGUUAUUGAACCCAUAGCCGAUGAUGUCCUGAUCGUAGGCUGUGGUGACACAGACGAAGAAGCAGAACGUAUUCAUGAUGUGAAGCUCCUGGCGCUGAUGGAGCGCUGCCGAUCAGUUAAGUUUCGCUUUGGCCUGAAGAAGCUGCAGUUCAAGGUGAAAGAUGUCCACUUCCAUGGUCGCAUUCUCUCGGCAGCCGGACCUAGACAAAGACAGAGUGAUCCUCGACAAGCCAAACCCGUCUGAUGCAGAAGGAGUACAGCGUCUCAUCGGCUUUGCAAACUAUCUUUCAACGUUCAUGCCACACCUAUCAACAGUCUGUGAGCCUCUGAGCCAGUUGCUGGACAAAGACAAGUAUUUCAAGUAUUUUUACCUAAGUACUUUACACCACUGACAAUGACUCACCAUAUUCCAAGCACAAUCAACACCUCUAGUCAGGUGUUGAAAACUAGUAUGAGCUAUACACUAUGGUGCAAUGCAUCAGAUUAUUGUUUAUUAAAUGUGUUCAUGCGUUUGUACCUGUCCCUAUUCAAAUAAACCAGAAAAUACCACAUUCACCACUAUAAAGCAGUUCAGUUCUGCCACGGUUUGAGGAAAGAAAGAUAGUUGGUGAAAUCCCAUGUCUAGAGAAUCCUGUAGUAGCCUAUCAGUUUUUCUGUGAUGAAAAUAAAUCUGUUAUUGAACGUU